ACCUCAGCUGGCGCCGCCGCCGCCACCGCCGCCGCAGCCGCCCAGACGCACUCUGGGAAAGCGCGGCGAGCACCCGCCUCCGGGACCGAGCCGGGCGGCGAGGAGGGGUCCGGUCACGGCUCACCGGUUGGUCCGCGCGGGGACUGCUCGCAGCGAGCCGCGGCCAAUAGGCUGCGCGUUCCCGGCCACGCCCGCGCGAGCUCUCUUCUCGCGAGGCCGGCUAGGCCCGAAUGUCGUUAGCCGUGGGGAAAGAUGGCGGAAAAUUUAAAAGGCUGCAACGUGUGUUGCAAGUCUUCUUGGAAUCAGCUGCAGGACCUAUGCCGCCUGGCCAAGCUCUCCUGCCCUGCCCUCGGUAUCUCUAAGAGGAACCUCUGUGACUUUGAAGUCGAGUACCUGUGUGAUUACAAGAAGAUCCGCGAACAGGAAUAUUACCUGGUGAAGUGGCGUGGAUACCCAGACUCAGAGAGCACCUGGGAGCCACGGCAGAAUCUCAAGUGUGUACGAAUUCUCAAGCAGUUCCACAAGGACUUAGAAAGGGAGCUGCUCCGGCGGCACCAUCGGUCGAAGACCCCCCGGCACCUGGACCCAAGCUUGGCCAACUACCUGGUGCAGAAGGCCAAGCAGAGGCGGGCGCUCCGGCGCUGGGAGAAAGAGCUCAAUGCCAAGCGUAGCCACCUGGGACGUAUCACCGUGGAGAAUGAGGUGGACCUGGACGGCCCCCCGAGGGCCUUUGUGUACAUCAAUGAGUACCGUGUUGGUGAAGGCAUCACCCUCAACCAGGUGGCUGUGGGCUGUGAGUGCCAGGACUGUCUGUGGGCACCCACCGGAGGCUGCUGCCCAGGGGCGUCACUGCACAAGUUUGCCUACAAUGACCAAGGCCAGGUACGGCUUCGAGCCGGGCUGCCCAUCUACGAGUGCAACUCCCGCUGCCGCUGUGGCUAUGACUGCCCCAAUCGCGUGGUACAGAAGGGCAUCCGCUAUGACCUCUGCAUCUUCCGCACGGAUGAUGGGCGUGGCUGGGGCGUCCGCACACUGGAGAAGAUCCGCAAGAACAGCUUCGUCAUGGAGUACGUGGGAGAGAUCAUUACCUCAGAGGAGGCAGAGCGGCGGGGCCAGAUCUAUGACCGCCAGGGCGCCACCUACCUUUUUGACCUGGACUACGUGGAAGACGUGUAUACCGUGGAUGCCGCCUACUAUGGCAACAUCUCCCACUUCGUCAACCACAGUUGUGACCCCAACCUGCAGGUGUACAAUGUCUUCAUAGACAACCUUGAUGAGCGGCUGCCCCGCAUCGCUUUCUUUGCCACAAGAACCAUCCGGGCAGGCGAGGAGCUCACCUUUGAUUACAACAUGCAAGUGGACCCCGUGGACAUGGAGAGCACCCGCAUGGACUCCAACUUUGGUCUGGCUGGGCUCCCCGGCUCCCCCAAGAAGCGGGUCCGUAUUGAAUGCAAGUGUGGGACUGAAUCCUGCCGCAAAUACCUCUUCUAGCCCUUAAAGUCUGAGACCAGACUGAUCGAGGGGGCCUGAAGCUGCCUGCCCCUCCCCCCACAGCUGCCCUCCUGUCAAGGAAUGACAGCCAGGGCCUCGCCUGCCUCCACCUGCCCCACCUGCUCCACGCUUAGGGCUGCGGCUGCGGUGAGGACCGACUCCAGGAGUCCCCUUUCCUUGUCCCAGCCCCAUCUGUGGGUUGCACUUACAAACCCUCACCCACCUUCAGAAGUAAUUUUUCAACAUCAGGACUUUCUGCAGUUGGGAUUCGUGGCCUAUCAAGGAGGUCCAAGGGGUGAGCCCCAGCCAGCCCCAGAAUAGAACAAUGUUUGUUUUUGCACCUGCUUCUGCCUGGAGCUUGAGGGGUCUGCUGCAGGCCUCCUCCCUACUGCCCCGAAGGUAUGGGGAAGCAACCCCAGGGCAGGCAGACAUCAGAGCCCGGAGUUCCCAGCAGGACAUAAAGCUGGUUCCCUGACCACAGAAACUUUGUACUAGUGAAGGAAACAGGGUCUCCAGGGCUGGGGGCUGAGGCUGGUUUCUGCUCGUGCUUACAGUGCUGGCAGCUGUAGGGUCUCUUCUUCAGGGCUGUCCAUCUGAGAAGUAGACUCCCAUAUGCCACUGGAAGGGGAGUGGAUGGCCACGGCCCACUGACCAGUGAGAGGAAGGCAGUCAGACUUUUGGCCAGCCCUGGCGGUGGCCUGGGCCCGAGCUCUGCCUUCAAAGAGUACAGAGAAGAUACCUAGGGUUCUCGGGAGCCCUGACCUAGGGUGUGAUGACUGCUGGUACUGCUCAGAACUAGAACCAAGAUCUAGAUAGUCCGUAGAUAGCACUUAGGACAGAAAUGUGCUUUGAUGAGGUGCCAGGCACUGCGUAGAGUACCUGGUCCACGUGGAUUGUCUCAGGGAAGCCUUGAAAACCACGGAGGUGGGUCCUAGGAAAGGGCCCAUGUGGCAAAGGUGAAGUACAGGCCAAGCGUAGGGGGGGGGCUUCCCUUCCCCACUGUGGGAUGGGGAGGUGGCAGCGAAGCCUCUGCUGCCUGUGAGCCCCAGCCCCCAGCCCUUUGCGCUCACCCUGGGUUUACUGGUCUCAAAAGUUACCUGCCUACAAAUGUACAAAAGGCAAAGGUUCUGAUGGCUGCCUCGCCCCUUGCUCCCCCACCCCCAUGAGGCCUUCUCUAGGAAGCCUUUCCUGACUACUUGUGCCCAGAGUACCCCAUGUGAGACUGUGUGCCCUGCUACCAGAUGCCAGAUCUGUGUGUCCGUCUAUGUGUCCAUCCUGCCCUUUCCCCCAGACUGACCUUCAGGCAUGGACUGAAUCUGGCUUUCCUCUUGUGUACCCCUUGGCCCCACCCAGCCCAGAGUGGGCAUCAAUAAAACGAAUAUUGACUGAA